AUGUCCAUGCACACCUCUCUCCGCCGCACCGCGGCCACAAUACCGAGCACAACAACCACCAUUCUCCCCAGCCGGCUCCCAACCUCUCUAUCCAAAGCCACAACCUUCAUCUGCUCGCAAUGCCGUCACGCCACCCUUCUGCGCCGUCCCAAGCGCCCCUACACCUUCACCCAACUCAUCACCCUGACCGACGGCAGCGCCUUUACUCUCCGUACCACCUCGCCUGCCCCCGUCUACCGCUCCACCCGUGAUACCCGCAACUCGCUGCUCUGGAACCCGUCCAGCAGCAAAUUGAUGAACGUGGAAGAGGAUGAGGCCGGUCGUCUGGCGGCCUUCCGUGCGCGUUUCGGUCGUAGCUGGGACGCGAGCGCUCCCGCGGAGGCAGCUGAGGCUGCGCCGAAGGACUCUGCGGAUGCGAAGGCCAAGGAGGAGGCUGCUCGUGCCCAGGCUCAGGCUGAGCAGGAGGAAGAGGAUAAUUUGCUGGACUUGAUUAGCUCCUUUGGGCAGGAGGAGAACCAGGGAUCUGGGAAGAAAAAGAAUUAA